AUGGACAGAUCUGACUACAUGCUGGAUACAGUCACCGGGGGCGUGCUGCAGGUGGAGCUCAAUCAACACAGGAUUAAGUGGCAUUCCUCCCCAUCCGUCCCCACCCCUCUCCAAUGCCUCUCCACUGCUCUUCACCGCUCUCCACCACUCUCUACAGCCUUUACGCCUUUACGGUUGGGCAUGCACAGAUCCGACUACAUGCUGGACACAGUGACAGGGGGCGUGCUGCAGGUGGAACUCAACACCAUCUCCUCGUCCUUCCCUGGCCUCACUUCACGGGUCACAGACCUGCACAGGCUUGCACAGGUGAGUGGGGGGGAAGGGAAGCCGGGCGAAGCACAGGAGGCACAUGGUGGGGAUGUAUGGGGAGAAGGCAGGCACAUGGUGGGGAUGUAUGGGGAGAAGGCAGGUCUGUCGGUGGACUCUGUGCCUCUCAACACGGCAGCAGUGGACAUGGCUGAUGCGCUGGCAGCAGCGUGGAGGGAAUACGGGGAUGAGAGGUAG